AUGCCCCCCAAACAACCCACCAUCCGCAACGGCGCCAUCCAAAGCUCGUCUUCCCGGCGCAACAAGGGCUUCGCGAGCGACACCUACAACUUCCUUACGGAUGCGGAGAAUCGGAGCGUUGUGACGAGUGUGGCGUUUUUUGCGGCCGGCGUGGCAUUCCUGCAUAGCAGUUGGGCGGAGAUUUUGUUGCCUCCGUGA